CUCAGCGUAAGCACAAGAAUAUCAAGAAGGAAUCCUCUCCCAACAACCAAUAACACAAACAUGCCGGCCUCGGAUUCCUCCGUGCUUCGCCUCGUGGCCAGUGCCUUUGCCGCCAUCCCCAUCGGAUUCGGAAUUAAUGCCUUCGUGCGUCCCGAUCAUGCGUUGAGCUUCUUCGAGUUCGAGGUGCCGACUUCACCGGCGGAGAGGGAUUUGGUGAACAGCCUGAUGGUGGUCUACGGCGCGAGAGAUGUUUUCAUGGGCGUGGCCUUGUUCUCCGCUCUUUUCUUCGGCCAUCCAAAGUCUGUCGGCUGGAUCAUGAUUGCGACCAGCGCGGUAGCAUAUGUUGAUGGGUUUGUCUGUUGGACACAUGGAAGGGGAGAGUGGAAUCAUUGGGGGUACGCACCUGUUUUGACGGUGCUAGGGUCGCUGUUUCUGGGUUUUUUCGAUAGGAGGUAGAC